AUGGAGCGAUGGGAUUCAGAUGACUGGGAUUUGGUUGUCAUAGAUAUUGGAAUUCAGAUAAUGAUCUGUGUGAUUCGGACCAUGGAUGUAAACAACUUAUUUAUAACAACAUCUUUUGAAUUAAAGGCACUUCCUCGGUGGCAGCUGACAUUGAAAGAAAUUUCCCACCUGAUAAACAAGCAGUUUGGAAUAUUCAGCAUAUAAACAGAUGAAACCUGACAUUGUUAGGCUACAAAUGCAAUAUUCACCUCUAAAGUAUCAGAUCUAGCAGGAACAACAGUGCCACCACAAAGGUACCACAACAAUAGUGCCAAAGACAAGAAUACCACAACAAAGGUACCUCAUAAUAAUACCAAUAAUUAUUUCACUACAAGGGACUGGGAGUCAAAAAUACCACCACAAUAGUAACAACACGAUAGUACUAACAUAAAGGUACCACCACAAUAGUAUCAACACAAAAGUACUACCACAAUAGUACCAAUUCCAGCUAUUGAAGCUGGCAGGAAAUGGGCAUUAUAUUUGACAAGGAGAAGGAGGUGAUUGAACCAAAACCAAACAACACUGACACUUCAGAAGACGUAGAGGACUCCGGCCGUGGUCAUAACAAUAUCGAUAACAAUAUGAGAGGCUCAACACCAGUAGACCCCUGGGGGUCAGGCUUAGGAGAGAGCGAUGUUAAGCCUGUCGGUAAGAGAAUUAGAACUGUGGCGAUGAGACUAGGAGAAAAAUCAGAGGAAAUUAUCGUCUUAGGAACUGAGUUGGCUGUGAAGCUUUAUAGCCUUGCUCCUAGUCACUCAACUUCAUUCUCCAUUGAAAAGACAGACAAUGUUACUCUAAGGUUUAACAAAGGGGAAUCUGACAGUAAUGAAAUUCCUGGUAGCGGGAUGAGUGGCAGCAUGUUCUCUCGUGAUGCAGUUGUUUACAUCUCUAUAGCAACCGUCAGCAACAUGUGGAAUGAUUCCCAGGUCAAGUUUGAGUUCAAGGCAGCCAAUGGGGAAGUGGCGGGAGAAAGUCUCCUUCUACUGACAUCUAUUGCAUUAUCAUUGGAUGCAGAUAUUAACAGAAAUGGUUCAGUUGAGGAGACAUUUGAAGUUGACAAGAGUCGCUGGACUUGGGGACCAAAUGGCCAGGGAGCGAUCAUUCUGGUGAAUUGUGACAAUGAAAGUGUACGAGCCGAUGGUGAGAGAGAUACAGAAGACCUUUGGAGAAAUGGAAAGGAUGAUUUACUUGACAUGAGCAUGCUCGUUAUAAACUUUAGAGGCCCAAAUCUAGAGGAAAGUGGUCUACCAAGAGACUAUAGACUCCGACUGCACACUAGCGUUGAGACAUCUACAAAGGUUGGCAUAUACAGUUUAGAAGGAACUCCAUUCUGGGAUUCAAAGAGACAAGUCAUUGGCAAAAAACGCAAACAGGUUGAGAUAUCAUUUCAGAAGUUAAAUCUUCUAAGAGAUGGUCAAGUUAGGUUUGCAGUAGAAGGAAUACAAUACCCAGACUAUGAUUUUGAUGGCAUUGUCCCAAUUCACCUGUCUCUCUUUCAAGUCGAGGAUGACGUCCAGUUGCCCAUCUUUAAAGACACCGUAACAUUCCGAGUCAGUCCCUGGAUAAUGACUCCAAAUAAUCUCAAACCCAAAGAGGUUUUUGUUUGUGAAAUGAGAUCACAGAAAAGUCGUAAUUUUGUUGAAAAUCUGAGAGAGCUAACGAAAGAAGUAGGGGUGAACCUUACGGUAGUUAAACCAGGCCACAACCGAGGAGACCGUUGGAUGCAGGAUGAGAUAGAGUUUGGAUACAGUGAAGCCCCACACAAGUAUAUGCCAGUUGUACUAGACUCUCCUAGAGAUCGUGGAUUGACAAACUACCCAAUCUUUUCUCUACUGGGCAAAGACUUUGGUUACGUCACUAGAGAGACUUAUUUAGAAGAGCCUAAUUCACUCGACUCAUUCGGGAACCUUGAAGUUAGUCCACCAGUUAAAGUAAAUGGGGUCAGUUUCCCAUUUGGCAAGAUUUUGAUUGGAGGAACUUUACCAGGGGCGUUCAAUGAGAGAAGGAUGCUAAAAGUGAUCAGGAAUUUUCUGUCAGCCCAGAAAGUUCAGCCUCUUGUAGAACUGUUUUCUGAUUGGCUGACUGUAGGCCAUAUUGAUGAGUUCAUGACCUUCGUUCCAACCAAUGACAAGAAGAGUUUCAAGCUACUCAUGGCAAGUCCCGACUGCUGUUAUUCGAUUCUUAAGAAGUUGAACCGAGAAGGACACGGUGAACUAGUAUUGUUUGAAGGUAAAAAAAGUGACGCAGAUGGUCUAGUAAAUGCCGAGAGGACUGUGAAAGACCUACUGAGAGAUACAGACCUAGACAAAUACAAUAAAACGAAACAGAGAUAUUUGGACUGGAACAGAGAUACAUUGAAAAGAGAGUUAGGACUGACUGAAGAAGAUGUCAUAGACGUACCUGCCCUAUUCCAUACGGUAGAUGGCACAGGGGCUGAUGCUAUAUUCCCAGGUAUGGUGAACAUGCUUGUUCUUGGAAACCACUUGGGGAUCCCGAAACCAUUCGGACCGAAAAUCCAAGGAAUUUGUCAGUUUGAGAGUUACAUGCGAGACCAAUUGGAACCACUCGGAGUUCAUUGUCACUUUAUCAAUGACUGGGAAAGUUACCAUGUUCUACUCGGAGAAAUCCAUUGUGGUACAAACACAAGACGGGAGCCUUUUGCCUAUAAGUGGUGGAAUAUGGAGUUUUAAAGGAAAACUAUGCCUAUAUAUAUUUUAAAGGAAAGCUGUGCCUAAAUAUAUUUAAAGGAAAACU